CGACCCAUUUGCAGAAUGCCAUCCAAUACAUCCAGCUCCAAUCAACUUUAACGUGGGAUGCUCGUGAAGCGGAGAACGAAUCAACACCGCUCAUCCGGUUAAUACGCAAGUAAUCGACGUUAUCUUCUGAUCUUCUAAGCUUCAGCUCAUCGUUUACCAUCUGCGCUCCCCUCAACCAGCGUUUGUACAUCCCGAGCGCCUCACAAUAAUCUGUACAGCUUUGGAAUGAAUGGCAUUGUAGUGAAGGAACUCCAUAUUGUUGGAUUUAACCAAUAUGGCAACAGUACGAGUUUGUGUUUGCGGAGAUGAAGGCACUGGUAAAUCUAGCCUCAUCGCAUCUCUCGUUAAGGAUGUGUUUGUUAGCAAUAAGAUCCAACCCGUCCUACCACAAAUAACCAUUCCGCCGAGUAUUGGAACCCCCGAAAAUGUUACGACUACUAUCGUCGAUACGUCGGCGCGUCCACAAGACCGGACUACCCUACGCAAAGAGAUCCGAAAGUCCAACGUUAUCCUCCUAGUCUAUUCAGACCACUACAGUUAUGAGCGAGUGGCCCUCUUCUGGAUGCCCUAUUUCCGGUCCCUCGGUGUAAACGUCCCCGUAGUCCUAUGCGCCAACAAGUCCGACCUAACCGAUAACACCACCCCUCAAGUUGUCGAAGAUGAGAUGCUACCCGUCAUGAACGAGUUCAGGGAAAUUGAUUCCUGUAUAAGAGCUAGCGCCAGAGAACACCAAAAUGUUAACGAGACAUUCUUCCUCUGCCAGAAAGCUGUUACACAUCCUAUCGCACCGCUCUUCGACUACAAGGAAGGGAACCUAAAGCCAGUCUGUGUGUCGGCUCUGAAAAGAAUAUUCUACCUCUGCGACAAGGACCAAGACGGAUACUUAAAUGACGAUGAGAUACAAGAAUUUCAGUUCAAGUGUUUCGAGAAACCCUUGUCCCCCGAAGACCUUGAUAACAUCAAGCUAUCGAUCGCAAAAUCUGUGCCUGGUUCUGAUACUACGAAAGGUGUUGAUAUGCGAGGCUUUCUUCAGCUAAAUAAGAUAUAUGCCGAAAAAGGUCGGCACGAAACUAUUUGGAUUAUUCUACGUAAAUAUCACUAUACCGAUAGUCUGAGCCUGGAAGACAAUUUCAUCCACCCGAAACUUGACGUUCCGGAAUAUGCCUCCGCCGAGCUAAGCCCAGCUGGAUAUCGGUUCUUCAUGGACCUUUUUCUACUAUUCGAUAAGGAUAAUGAUGGCGGUUUGAACAAUCAGGAACUACGCGCCUUGUUUGCCCCCACCCCAGGCCUACCUCUUUCCUGGGUAGAAUCCUCGUUCCCAUCUACGACUGUUCGCAACGAAGCCGGUUACAUCACACUACAAGGAUGGCUCGCUCAAUGGAGCAUGACCACAUUUCUCGAACCGAAAACUACUCUUGAAUAUCUUGCGUAUCUAGGUUUCGAGCCUCCGAAUGCCAGAGAAUCUCUGACCUCAGCCUUGAAAGUAACAAAACCUCGGAAAAGAAGAAGACGUCCUGGUCGGGUUGAACGAAAUGUUGUGUUGUGCUACAUCAUUGGCGGGUCCGGAGCUGGAAAGUCAUCUCUUUUGGAUGCGUUCCUUAACCGGCCCUUCGAUGGCUUAUACAACCCGACUAUCAAGCCCAGAAGAGCCGUGAACAGUGUUGAACUCCAAGGCGGCAAACAAUGUUACCUUAUUUUGGAGGAACUCGGUGAGCUUGAACCAGCCAUUCUGGAGAACCAAGUCAGGCUAGAUUCCUGUGAUCUCAUUUGUUAUGCGUAUGAUUCAUCUGACCCGGAUUCAUUCUCUCAUAUCGUCGACCUUCGAAAACGAUACCCGCAGCUCGAUGAUCUACCUUCAAUCUAUACGGCCUUGAAAGCCGACAAAGAUAAGACUACCCAGCGAAGCGAACUACAACCAGACCAGUAUACGUCGAGCUUGAUGAUGAGUACACCAGUUCAUGUAAGUGUAACAUGGAACAGUAUCGGUGAGCUCUUCGUUGCUUUAGCUGAGGCUGCUACGAAUCCAAGCACGGCAUUUCCUAAAAGCGAAGAACCACCACCAGACCGAACAAGUCUAUACCUUGCUCUAGGAGCAACUACAUGUGCUGCGGUGGCGGCGUUCAUGAUUUGGAGAAGAUCCACGAAUUCCAUCUAGAGUUCCGAGCAUUACCUAAAGCCUUACACCCCCUUUUCAUAUAUACCUACUUUUAAUUCGAUUGGCUAGGCAUUUGUCAGGUGUACGACUUUUCAAUAUCGUGGAGUCUGUGGUUAUCGUCUAAUUCUUUAUGUCCCCUGCUCCAUUGUUUUUUCUUAUAUAUGAUACCCAUCCCUCUUCUACUGUCGUUGAACACAUCGGUGCUAGAGAAACACGUAAACACAUAGUACUUAAUGAAUACAAUUAUCAGAAAUCGAAUCGGAAUGUCUUGUUAUGCGAUGCCAUAUUUAGUGUAUGGGAUGCUGAUUCCUAGGACGAACUUGUACGAGUACCUAUCACUUGCUGAG